ACAAUCAUUAUUUGCGUACUGUGUUCGCACCCUUAUUGAUAUUCUUUUAUCGGCUACCGUCGAGUGGGUCGAACAGUUGUCUGUGGGGUCUCUAGCGCAUCACACGUACCUGGUCAAAAGACAGAUUGUCAAAAAUCUUUUAAACUUGUUGCCGUAUACAAUGCAUCAUAAUGUCGCUUCCUGAUCACAUCAACACGUCCGAAGUGGCCGCGCUUUUCUUUGAGCCUAAUCAUCCGAAAAGAUUCUUCAAGUACAGUUGACCGAAACUCAUCUCCGUUGAGAUCUUACUACUACGAUCUGGUAACGGAAAGUUGAUAUCGAACUUUUGAACUUUUUCACGUGUUUAUUUUGCAUAAUAAUGUUUUAGUAAUCGACUCGCUAUUCGCUGCAAUUUAUACCCUCAAAGUGUUAUUAUAGUUCAAAAAUAUCCUUUUUAAAAAAAUCGUCGUUGAAAAUUUUACAAAAUGUUGGAGAAGCCGAAAUACACUCGUAUUCAGUCGUACGGGAGUAUGACGUCAUCGAGAAGUGAUGACGACAUGACUGUACACAGCCAGCUGUUCCCGUAUCCAAAAAAGAUGGUGGUCGAAAGAGAGAUUCUGUACGAAGAGGAACAUCCGCCAUUCCAGCCGCUGUUUGCUACAACCAGGAUCUUCGGGAAGGCGAGAUUCACUUGUCUAAUGGCGCUGUAUCUCUGCUUCUACGUGUUUUAUUUAAUCUCAGGGGCUAUAGUAUUCUCUUCAUUGGAAUAUCCCUUCGAAAACGACAUCCGCGUCAGCGUGUUUCGCGCCAAACAUGACUUUAUGGCCCGCAACCCGACCGUCUUAGAGGGUGACCUGGAGGCGCUGCUGGAAGAGGUGAUCAAGGCAAGCAACCGCGGCGUGUCGGCCUCCAAGAACGUCACUAGUGGUCCCAAUUGGAGCUUCGGACAGUCGCUGUUCUUCUCGUCCACAGUCGUUACUACUAUCGGUUAUGGUCACGUUACUCCGUUGUCGAAGCCAGGCAAGCUGUUCUGCAUGGUGUACGCGCUGCUGGGUAUCCCCCUCACCUUGGUGUUGCUGUCGGCGCUGGUGGAGCGACUGCUGCUGCCAGCCACCGCGCUGCUGAGAGCCCUCAACGCAGCUUUGGGACAUCUCUACCGACCUUUCACUAUACGACUAGUACACCUCAUGAUUAUCGUAACGACAUUCGUGGUGUUCUUCAUCCUGGUGCCGGCGGCGAUUUUUGCGAGCCUGGAACCGGAGUGGGACUUCCUGGACUCGCUGUACUACUGCUUCAUCUCCCUCACCACCAUAGGCCUCGGCGACUACAUCCCCGGCGACUCACCCGAACAGCCCUACCGUCCGCUCUACAAGGUUGCUACAACACUAUACCUCAUCACCGGGUUGACGUUCCUGAUGUUGACGCUAACGGUCUUCUACGACAUCCCGCAACUGAACCUGAGCACGGUCUUCUCAUCGAUGAAGCUGGACGAGGACCCGGAGAAGAUGAGGCUGAGCGGCUCCGCGGGACCCGGGUACGGUAUCGGCGGGCUGGUGAUGCGUGACCACUACGACCAGCGCCGCUCCGUCGUCCACAUCCGACCUCACCUGGAUGACAGCCCCAGCCCCGAGGACACCACACCCGUGCACGCGAGGGAUAUUCGCCUCCAUUAAAAAAAAAUUGUCUAUACCUACUAUCAUUUAAUUGUAAUGUCAACUUUUUUUUUUAAUUGAAUCAAAUCUCAAUGACAUUGGAUGGUUAUGAAAUAUAUAUUAGUUAUUUUAUUAGAUCAGAGAAAAAAGUAUGAUAUCUUAAUUGUAAUAAAUGUCAUUUUUAAUAAAUCUAUGUGUUAUGAUGUAAGUGUAUUCUAGACAUAGGAAUUAACAAUUCCUUACGUAAAAGCAAGAUAGUUUUUAAUUAAUUGAAUUUUUUGAUACUUACUUUUCAAACGACAUCUUAGUUUUUUCUAUUCCAACUGCAAAUAUUUUCAAAAUUCCUUUUGUCACAAUAGAAAUUUUAUGGUAAAUACGGAUUUCUUUUACAUCGGUUUUAAGACAAUUAUCGCUACCUUAAUAAUAAUAACCUUUAAGUGGCGUAAGCUUAGCCUCAGUAUAUUUUAUGUAUGUAUCUGUCUUCACUCGCGCUGGAAGAUUUUCCCGCGUAUUAAAUUUCAUAGAUAACGAAAAUUAAUGUCAUAUGUCAACCACAGACGAUUUUUCGUGUGUAAAAUGUGUUUAAUUUGCAUAAUAUUUUAUUAGGUGUGUAGUAAAUUGUGGCACAAAAUAACAUAUAUUUUUUAAUAGCCAAAUUAUCAAUUUUUCACGAUUCAAAAAAUAAUUGCAUUUAUACUUGAAAGUGGAGAAGUUACCAUAAUGUGUGCCAUUCACGGUAAUCUUGUAUGAAAUCAUGUUUAAAACUUUUAACGUGAAACUUUUUAAUAAAUCAUCCAAUUUAAAAAACAAGGGUAAAAAAACAUAUAAUUUUUUGGCAUAGUAAUUUACUUGAACUUAGUUCGUAAUAAGACUGAAAAAAAAUGAUAUUUUCUACACAAAUGAUUUUGUAAUCAGUAAAGGAAAGUAACAUCUAUAAAGUAUACGCCUUGAAAACAUAUGUACAACAAAAACCUUAAUUAUCAAUGUCAUAUCAUAACAAUCCUUUAUAAAAAAGAUAUGUAAACGUAAACAAGACAAAAACCCUUAAGUUGAAAUGUAGUCGUAUUAUUUUAUAAAUCAAAAUAAUAGAAAGAAAAUAUACCUGAAAAAAGAUAUAACUAGUAGGCAAAAAUUCUAUAGCUCUAUGUAUGAAUUAAUAAAUUAUUUACAAAAAUGCUGGAAGUAAAUAAAAAUAUAUUUGAUGUCUAUACGAAUAUGUUAAGUAAUAAAUCUAUAGGACUAGAUAUUAUCAGCUAUAGAAAAUAAAAUAUAUAUCUAUUUACCCAUUAUGUUGCCAUUAAUUAAUAAAAAUAUUUUAUAAAUUAAUAGAUACCUGAUAUUAUAUGAUAAUACUAUGCACCUUAUUUAUAUUAUGAAUCGAGACGAAAAAAAUACUUUCGUAUAAUUUGGUCCUAUAAAAAUGUAAUAACAAAUUUAUUUAAAAGAUCACUCUUAAACUCUACUGAAAGCAGCGUAACAAUGGAAACAAAGGUACUUGCGACUGUACAGGGAACAUAAUAUGUAAAAUUCUUUAUUAUUUGCUUUUUAUGACCGUAGGUUAUAUAAAUAUAAAUGCCUACAAUGUAUCAACUUUAGAAAACUAUCACAAAUAAUAUUUACAAGUUAGUUUUUAUCUAUGAUUACUAAAUAGAUUGUAGUGGAUAGCCAAGUUAUAAAAUAAAAUUCCUUUGAGUGGUAGGAGGAACGUUAAACCAAAUUAUAUAUGUGUAUAAAUAAAGAAAUAAAUACUUGUA